AUGCGAGGAGACGAUGCGCGAUUUUACACCGACAAAAUGAUCCGAUGUGUUCCGUCUGUAUUACCCGUAUCAACCUAAAACUUAAUACAUGGUGCAAUUAUCAGUAAUUCUAGAAUCACGCCAUAUCUUGGACAGUUAUGAGAAAUCGAAGACUGUUUAUCAAAGUUUGCGCUUUGACAUCCCUUUUCUGGUUAGCGGUGGACAUCCUUUACGUCUUAACCUCGAUGAACAGUCAGCUCAGUCUUUUCGACGCGGAGUCUUUCAUUCCAGAGGACGUGUCCUCAAAUUCAAAUUUUCACGGAAGGAGGUCAGAAGAGUCUAUAAUCCAGGAACCUUAUUUUAAAGAGGUUAUCCCAGGAUUGGGGGAUAAUGGAGAGCCCGCCUCGCUGCCUGCUCAGUUCAAGACGGAAGCUGAACGCGUGUUUGAUAAUCACUCCUUUAACGUGAUACUUAGCGACCACAUUUCGCUUGAUAGGACACUCAAGGAUGUCAGAGGACCUAAGUAAGUAAGGUUUGACCUUGCCAAAAAGUGUUAAAAGUUGCGAGAAUAAAUUGGAUGCAAGGGCAUCAAAAAUCGAGGCGGGACACACAUUUUUGCAUAAAUCUACCCAUUGGUUAUUCGAUUUCAAAAGUCAAAGGGCCAUGCUGCGCAAUUCGGUUUUUCACAAUUGGGCCGACAGAACAUAAAACUAAAACAAGAAACAAAAGCAGGUAUGGUAAUAAGGGCAAUAUCUGUAAGUAAUUUAAGUUUCGUGUGAACGUUUGUCCCACCUAUUGUAUCCCUGGUUUAUUUACCUGUUAGGGCAAAUGCACGUUUGAUUUCUUGAUUUGUACAUGUUCUAGAUUACUUUGAUUUUUUUUAAAUGUAAAUUUUACAGAUGAAGAGCCUCUUUUCAGUGGAAAUACUGUUAGUAAUAAAGUCAUUAUUAUUACUAUUAUUAUUAUUAAGGGUGCUGGCGUAGGAUUACACUUAGGUCACAGUUGUCAUACGACUUCACCAACAGACUCAAAGUGAGAACCACAUAGUGCAGUUUGAUAAACAGCACCACAGGAAAAUACUAGUCAGUAGCUUUCAUUUGAGUAGACUGUUCAACAAUUAUUCCUCUCGCCCUCAUGGCCUCUGAGUCGAUAGCCCAGUCGGUAGGGCUAUUGACUCAGAGCCCAUUCGGGCUCGAGGAAUAAUAGUUAAAUAGCUUCCAUUUCAAUGGUCACACGCUAGGAAUUCAUCCGGACCAUAGAUUUACAAGUUAGAACCACUUUGUAAAGCGUAAUGAAUAGUGAAAAACCUUAGGACAGUGCAGCUCAGUAUCUUUCUUUUUAAUAGAAGUGGCGCACCCAGGGGAGGGGCCGGGGGGUGCUGAUCCCCCGUUUAUUUUUAUUUAGACCGGCCCCCACUUCCCUUAUCUCAGGUCUGGAUGACCAGGCCCCUCCCCCUUAUCUGAAGGUCUGGAUCGGCCAUUGAAUAGUCACACUUAAGAAUUUUAUCCACAGACUCAAAAGUGAGAACCACAUUAAACGGCAUCAUGGCUUUCAUUUAAUAUGAUUCGAAACACUUAACGAUACCAGUUUCAGACUGAGAGGUACAACUUCAUUCUCUUCCUUUCUUCCCUAUUUUCUUCUUCUUCUUUAUUCUCAGAUGUCGUGAGAAGCACAAAACAUACCCGACCAAGCUUCCUACUACAAGCGUGAUAGUCUGUUUUCACAAUGAAGCAUUGUCCGUGUUGCUUAGAACAGUACACAGUGUCCUCAAUCGUUCGCCUCCACAUCUUCUAGCAGAUAUUAUCCUCGUGGAUGAUUUUAGUGAAUACGGUAAGUUUACUGACGCAAACGAGCUUUUAGUUUGCGUGGCAGUCGUUUCCCAUCUCCUUAAAGCCAAGCGGGAAUAAAUAAAUAAAUAAACGGAGCGGGGGAGGGUGGGGAAGGAAAGGAAGCCCCUCCGUCACCCCUCCUACCUUUUACUCCUUUUUUUGCCCAAUGCCCUCACGCGUCUUUCGUUCUUGCCCCACGUGGCUUAAUGGAAACGGAAACGACUGCUACGCAUGCGCAGGCUAACGAGGUUUUUUCCCACGGCUGACUAGAGUAUGUCUUUUAUCUUUCCGAUAAAAAAUGCGUUUUACGCGCAUUUGAGUUUUACUCUCACAGUGAAAAAGAUUGAAGCCAUAUUCAAGAUGGCAGUAGCUCUACUUUGGUUUUACUGUAACUUUCAAGAACUAUGUUCUUGAGCAGAUAUAACGCCAAACUAUAAAUGCCGAAUGUUUCUAUGAUUAAAUAGGCGAUUUAGGGGUAACGCAUUCAUUCCGUAAUUCUUGGUUUACAUGACCAUUCCGGAUUGGGAGCUAGAAUUUGGAAAAAUUAGUUUUUGAGGAGAGGGGAAAACCGGAGAAGCUAGAGAAAAAUCUAUCACGUAAGAGAGAUAAUAGAUGGGGGAGAAGUUAUAAAGAUAAAUGGGAUUUUGACUGAUUUCAUAAUCAACAGAAAACCUUAAGAAGCCUUUAGAAGAGCAAGUACGACAGUUCGAAAAGGUGAAAAUCCUUCGGAUGCCAAGACGAGAAGGACUGGUGCGAGCACGGUUGCGCGGAGCAGAGAUUUCUCGGGGAGAUGUUCUGACCUUCUUGGACUCCCAUUGCGAGGCCACAGAAGGCUGGAUCGAGCCUCUGUUGGCGCGUAUUGCGCAGAAUCGUACCAAUGUCGUUUGUCCUGUAAUAGAAGUAAUUGAUGCGGAUGACUUUGGAUACCAUGCGUCUGAUGUGAUUUAUGAGCGUGGUGGGUUUACCUGGGAUUUGUUUUUUACUUGGAAAGCUAUUCCAGAGGAAGAGAAGAAAAGGAGGAAGGACGAGACGGACUUUAUUAGGUAGGUUAGAACUUGAUGUUGUUGUUUCGAUUUCAUAACAUUAUAACAGAUGGAUUAUUAGAUGAUCGCAAGAGUUACUGAGCCCGCGAGCAAAUUCCUAGGCAACCAUUUUCAAAACUCGUCACUUUUUUCCCCACCCACCGACCCAAAAUAUGUUUCAUAUACUUGCGGUAAUCCCUGAUUGGCUAAGAAUUAUAAUAAAAAGAAUUAUUAUCACGAUAACAAUCAUAAUAAUGAUGAUAAUGAUAAUGAUAAUCAGAAUUCGUCUUGCCAUUCAGUCGCGGGAAAAUUUGUAGGCUGAUGGUUUGGCGCCAUAGCUUGGAGAAAGUCUUAUUUAAGCAGAGUAGUGCACUUAACUGUCAUAGCGAGAUUGUUUCGCAUCAUAGCUUGUGCAAGUCGCGUUGUUUGUCGAUUAUUAUAAAAUGUCCAUGUGCACUCCAAUGGACGCCAUUGGACAGCGCUAACAUCUAGUUUCCUAAACCUCCGGUUCUGUAGUUUACGACCAAACUUCCGGUAAAUCCAUUCGAUUAAGCCGACGACGAUGUGACUCUAAAAGACAAAAAUUUUUAUCCUGACCAUGUCGUUCACUGAACCUCAUUUCCGGUUGCUGCGUUUUAGGACCAGACUUUUUCUUAGUCCAUCUGACUCAUAGCUCUGACGGUUUAUAUUGGACACGGAUGUCUCUCACUGUGUUCAUUUGAUUCUAUGUUAUGUUGCACUUUUUUUUUUCAGGAGCCCAACAAUGGCAGGAGGCUUGUUCUCGAUGCAUAAACAAUAUUUUUACGAUCUGGGAACAUAUGAUGACCAGAUGGACAUAUGGGGAGGGGAGAAUCUGGAACUGUCUUUCAGAGUAAGCAUAAAUCAUUAUCCAAAAAAGAGAAGAACUGACUAAUGCAUCUACCAAUGGGGUGAAGCAGAAGGGUUACACCGAAAAAUCGAAAGAGGGGGCCAUUCUCAGAGUAGAGAUUUAGACUUAACUCAAUGCGCCACUCUUAAUUACAUAAUAAUAAUAAUAAUCUGGGGACUGUUCUUUGACAUUCAUUUGUCGCUCGGGGGGGGGGGGGGGGUGGGGUUACUCUAGUUUCCCUGAUAUUAUAAUAAGUUGACCUGGGUUUGUUUGCCCCACCUCUCCAGUGGAUCUUUUGUAUGACGAUUUGCUCUCGCGACACUUGUGGUUGUUGAAUUACGCUUUUUCGCGUUCAACGGAAAAGCUGUAACUAUCAAUGCGCGUCUUUCUUUUUUUAUAAAAUACCUUUUAGGUCUGGAUGUGUGGGGGUCAACUAGAAAUAGUGCCCUGUUCACGUGUUGGUCACGUCUUCCGUAAGUACACAUCACCUUAUAAAUUUCCUAAGGGAACAGCAGUGACCCUAGCGAAGAAUUUCAACCGCUUAGCUGAAGUAUGGAUGGACGAGUACAAGGAGAUCUACUACAGGUAGGGCAGCGAUCUUCUGGAGAAUUCUACUGCGCAGCUCAUGCACUACUCAUGCAGUAGGUCAUAGUAGAAGGAAUAUAUAAACAACGUGAGGAGAUUGAUAGGUUCUUUGAGUAUUUCAUACAUUUGUAGACAAUUUUGUACUUAUCGGCUAGUCCAAGGAUGAACUAAAAUACUGAAAUAACAGUUAUUAACUAUAGAAAAAAUCUACGGGACAGCCAAAAGGGCAUAAGCGGACGAACAGAAUUAGAAAGGAUUAAAUGGAUUUGAAAUCAUUCUCGAAACUGCUGCCCAACUAGUUUAAUUAGGUUGUCUUUUUCCCAGUUUAGAUUCAUCCCUGACAUUUACAGGGUUUUAUCUAGGGUAUUUGAGGGGUAGAAGCUACCUCCCUAAAAUGCCCCCCCCCCCUCGCCAAAUAUAUUGUUAUCAUUACAAUAUAUAAGUAACAAUACCGGAAAAAUCAUCCAGACGCGACGAUCGAGGUCAGAGCACACAGUGUAACAUUUCUCAAAAUUGUGUCUCAAAAUGCACCAGAUUGCAUCUCAGCGCAUAUUCAUUCCAACAAAUUUCUGGGAGGCAUGCCCCCGGACCCCCUAGGAAGCUCGUCGCCUUCAACCACCCGGGACUUCUCCCCAAAAAGAUAAAUCCUAGAUUUACGUUCCUUCAAAAAUUGGUGAGAUACUCUCUGUUGGGUCCGGGAUUACAUUUCUAACACUGAAAAAUUCCUUUUGUGCAGAAGAAAAUCUGAAGAAGAAAAGAACGUUAACAUUGGUGACAUUAGUGAGCGACUCAAGCUCAGAAGAAGACUGGGCUGUAGAAACUUCAAAUGGUAUUUGGCAAACGUGUUCCCGGAUCUAGCAUCAGUGGACCCCAAUCCCCCAGCGCAAGGCGAGGUAAAGAAAAAGUAACUAACAAGUGCUGAACGAAAGAUCAGACGAAAAAAUGUAUUUUCAAAUUUCUUUUCUGGUUACAAGCAAGUGCGUUGUUGAUGAAGAUCUCGGUUCUGUUUUAAUUUAGAUUCGCAAUGGUGAGUUUCCUCUUUGUGUCGACACUCUUGGAGAGAAAGGCUCUAAAAUUGAGCAAGUGGGCCUCUACACGUGUCACGGAAUGGGAGGAAAUCAGGUCAGUGGUCUCUACACAUUACACAUGCGCCCUCUCUUUCCCUCAACAUCAAAUAAGGUCCUGUAUGUUCCCUGAUCAGCAGUUUACGUUGGGAAGUGGCGCAGACACGUACAUGAAGCAGUACAGGGUUUUCCGAGAAGUCCCGCUUCUGUUUAAAUUCAUUAAUAUCCUUUCUUUUUUGGUAAUUACUUUUCUAUAACACUGGAAAAUUAACUCUAUGACGCAGUAUUCACGUUCUUGCAACUUUUUUUACUUUUUUUUUCUGCCUUAUCAAAACGUCUUCUUACAAAGCAAAGCCUCGCUUUUGUAAUAGAUCGUUUUCACUCCUGUGACCAGCAACUAUGCAGAUUGCUUGUAACAAAAGGACAUUUUUACAUGACAAGAGUCCAAUCCCCAAGAGAUUUUUUUGGGUAUACAAACCUGACCGCCAUUUUGUUUUGUAUAUGGCCGCCGUGAAGUCAUGUGAAAACGAUCUAUAAGGUAACACUAUCCGGCAAGCACUUUCUAAAACUCCCGCAAUGAAAGGACUGAAUUUUACCAUUUCCAGUUUUUCACCUUGACGAGGAUCAAUGAAAUACAGUUUAAUGACGACAAGUGUUUGGACGCGCCGCGGAGCGAGCCGGGAAGCUUGGUGGAGAUGAUCACGUGUCAUGGUCUUAAAGGAAACCAAGAAUGGAAACACGAUAAAAACAAGGUUAAAUUCUUGGCUUGCAAACUCGUAACAAGGGGGCCAUGUUGGUGGUGUGUUGGUGGUCAAUACAAUAAAUAUUUUUCUCGACGAAUUUACAUGAAAAUAGGGUUUAGUUUAGUUUCAGUUCAGUUUAGUGGAGAGAAAUGCUCUUGUUCUUAACCUUAACACACCACCAACAUGGCUUCCGUGACGUCACGUGCAAACCAGCAAUUAUAAAUUGAUUCGAAAUUCUUCAAUGCCUUACUAAUUGAAUAUGGAAAGUGUACAACUAAGCCUGGUUCACUCCCUUGAAAUAGGAACCAAGCAUAUUCACCGAAAGUCGCUUUGGAACUUAGUAAAAAGGCUAAAAAAAUCAUUCAAAUCAUAAUCAUCACCGGUAAAAUAAUUUCAAUCAAGACAGAAUGAUGGGACCAGGAGUGAAUCUUUGGGCGUUGGGAUACGUGAAUUUCACUUACCACCCCACCCCACCCCCUCCUCCUCCCACUCAAACUCAAAUAAGCUUCCUCGCCAUUAGCGUUUUAAUUAGAUUUUUUUCUUAUUUUUUUUUUAACAUCAUUAUGGCAAAACAAUUAACUGAACUAAAAUGAUCUAUUCCGUUCACUGAUGUUUUUUCUUCUUCUUCAGGGUACAAUAGUACACGUGUGGUCAGAAACAUGUCUUGACAUUUCAAAGGACAAGGAGUACUUGGUUGUUAAUCCAUGCAAAAAGGGAAGAACAACACAACAAUGGACAUUUUCACGAUAUCAACAAGCCAACAUUGAGAUCGCCUAGCCAAAAAUGGCUACAAAAAGGCAGGAAUCCGGCAAGGAAUCGGAGGGAGUUUGUACCUGACUGCAUGUAGGAAUGACGUGAUUUUCCAAGUACCUCAUGUUUGGAAAAAUGGUAGCAUUGUGGCUCUCUGUACCGAGAAAAACUUGGUGACUAGUCUUGGCUGAUUAAUUUUGCUUACACCUGAGUGCAUGCGAAUAUGACGAGAUUUUCGAGUACCACAUGGUGGGAAAAUGGCAGCAUUGCGCUGUAAGGAGAAAAAAACUUAGUGAUUAGUCUUAGAUGAUUAAUUUUGCUUACACCACAAGUUUUCGUCAAGGCACCAGCAUGCCAGUCAUCUCCUUUCAGUUUUCCGUCACAAAACCUGCAUCCCGUCAUGAUUGCCUGACGUAUUCGCUCAUGGACAGAAAAACUGGCCAAGCCUUGAACCCUGCCUUGUUUUACUUCUUUGUAACUUCAAAACUAUUGUUUUUAAAAUUUUAAAUGUCAGAUAGGUAACUUGCCCACGGGAAAAGCAAAUUGUUCAGUUUCUUUUCUGGGCCAGAUUAAGAGAACGGAAACAAAAGCAUUGACUGCGACAACGUACACGGUGGUGAUCUAAACGUAAGUUUGUUUUUGACAUUUCAAUUUGCAACCCAUUGCGUUGAGACACAUUUUUUAGUUCUCUACAGUCUGUCUAUUACAUUGUUCUCUUCACAAUUUCGGAGCAAAUAUUAUUCUGACAAAAUGUGAUGUUGUUUUCUAAACUUUUUAUAAACAUCUUUGAAGCAAACAUGGCACUGGCUGUUUCCGCACCAAAAUCGCUUACCGCGCUGUCCUGGUUGAUGACAUUGAAAUAAAAAAAAUUCGAGGUAAGAAGAUUCACUUUAGCAAUUCAAGUGUCCUCCCUCAAUUUCUAUCUGCUUUGGUAGUUGACGCUAGGUUUUCCUCGUCUUUCGUUAGCAUUUUGUCAGUUUGUGACGGCUCAGCAAAAACGUCAUCAAAAGGUGAAUUCACGUUCUUUCAAACCGUUUCAUCACGAUUAUUCCAACCUUGUCAAGUUGUCAGCUGGAGCUGAUUGUCAGCGACGCCAAACGAGAUCAGAAAGGGAAAGGAAAGUUUCUUGUCAUGCACUCGCGUCCUCUAAUAACGUAGCAAAAUGGAAUAUUUAGGGGCCAACAAUUCACAGGGGGAAGGGGGGGGGGGGGGGGGGGUAUGGGUGAUUUGAAUUGGGUAAGGAUUUUUUCCAAACCUCUGGAGAUAGAAUCCCCCUACAUUAUUUUCCAGCAUUAAACGCCAUGAGAGGUAUAUUUUUCCCCAGCUGUUUCCUUCCCCCCGAAAUCAGUCUGCAGAAUACUUUUUUUCUUAAAUAAUCCAUACCCCUCUCCCCUCCAACGUCAAAUGGUCGGCCCCUUACGUCGUUGAUGCGAGAGUAUGGCAAAUAAAUGUCUCAAAUAAGUGCGAUGCACGUGCAAAUUUGUUUUCCUUCUCUAAUGACUUGUAGGGGGUUCACGAGAUUUUGGUGUUUCUUUAAAACCCUAAAAACCUCAUUGCAAUCCAAAAAAAGUAAUAAUCGUUCAGUUUUUUAAAACUAGUGUACUAAUAUACCUCUUUCGAUGGCCAGAAUGUAAACGGAUUGGAAAUUGAAAAAGAAGGUCCAACAUAGUUUUUUCAAGUUAAGCUACUGCCAGCAAUGUUGGGAGUCGUUGCGUCCGUUUACACGUAGCUAAAAGUUUGACUGAUUUCCAACUUUUUGCCCAACAAUUCCCAACAACAUGCAAAUAAAUGUGCAAACGGACGAAACAUGUAACAUCCAACCAUGUUGCGACCGUUUGCACGUUGUUCAGUUAAAACUUUGCCUUUGUCUUCGUAAACGUUGCUUGCCCGAAACCAGAACACAUUGUUUAAACUAUAAAAGCUCUUUGCGGUACAAAAGAACCGCGUUAUACAGUCAUGAGCACCUGUGGGGCUCGUUGAUCAGCCAAACCUGGAAAUUUUCAAACUGAAUUGUAUUGGCAUCAAAUACUUCAUUCAUACCUCCACGUACGUACCUUAGUUUCAUCGUAUGAGGCAUUACUGUAUUACAUUACAGAAUGAUAUCGACCGAGAAUCCAAUUGAAACAGAAAUCAAAAAGCAAAACCACAAAAUCAUGAUACUCAAAAAUCAGGCUUUUCAGUCAAAAGAAAUGUUCACUUAUUUAUGCGAACCAGCUGUCGCAUAAUUAGGCGUCCAACGCAUUUUUUAUUAAAAUAACUUUGUAGAAAAUUGGUUAAACUUACCAAUGAGAGAAUCGUAAAAACCAUACGCGUGGAAAAAAACAUAACUUGCGCGCUUUUUCUGUUGAGAUUUAAAAAUUCAUGCAUGAAGGCACACCCACCAUAAUCCACCAAAGAAGCGUUGUUGGAAAGAAAGAGAGAGAGAGAGAAAUCUUUGUCACUAUGAGAGAAAUCGUUCAUCUUCAAGUUGGCCAGUGUGGAAAUCAAAUUGGGGCAAAGGUAAGCUUUAAAAAACACCCUUGCUUAAUUACUCUGCAAACAUGCAUUUGGCGGCCAACAUAUGCGGCGGGCUCCUCAUUUGGCUCGUCUUACAGUUUACAACACAUGUGAUAACACUAAAAUUAAGAUUUGUUAUGAGAAAAAAAAUACGUAAAAGUCUUUGAGAAGGAUUAAUGAGUUUUUUCGUCCGUGUAACUUUUGCUAAUACAUACGCAAUCAGGUUAUUUGAAACGACUGCCGCUUAUCAAGUGUGUUUUUUUUAACAAGCCCGAAAAUGAAGGGAUCAAAAUCAAAGCAUUUGCUUCGUUUGUUAUUUUUUAUCAACAAGAAAGGACGAUGUUUCAACCUUCCGCAAACCUACUGAUAUAGUACCACGAUUAUUCCAACUCACUUUGUCAAAUGUAGGCAAGCUCCCUGGAGUUCACUUCAUAAGACACUGCUAAGAACCAUAUCUUAGUUCAGAAGGAGAAAGAAAAUUCUCCCGCUGCCUGUUUUCGCCCUACACAAAACGCGAAAAAAAGGCAAUUUCAUGUCGUAUUCGUACAGUGACGGCAAAGAAAUACGGCAAAAAAGCGUGAUGCACGCGCCACGAGUUUUUGUUUCCUUUAUUAAACCUAUAGCUUUUUUGGCGUUGUCGUUACCGUCGCCGUCGCCGUCGUCGGAUUAAAUUUUUUUUCGAUCUUUCCAUGUAGUUUUGGGAGGUGAUUUCAGAUGAACAUGGAAUUGACGCUCUCGGUAGCUACAACGGCGACUCAGAUGUUCAGCUCGAGAGAAUCAAUGUUUAUUACAACGAGGCCACGGGUGAGAUAUAUUAAAAACAAUCAAUUUUCAUUUAAUUUAUUUGAAAACUUCGGAGGAGAUCGCAGAAGAGUAAUGAAAUGCUUUUCAAUUUGUAGGAAAAAAGUAUGUGCCCCGCGCCGUCCUCGUCGAUUUGGAGCCAGGAACCAUGGAUUCGGUCAAAGCUGGAGUAUUUGGCCAGCUGUUUAGACCUGAUAAUUUUGUUUUUGGUAAGAAAUUUCGAUAACAACAAACACACAAAAACGGAGAGUCAAGUCAGACAAAGAACAAACGCAUAGUUAAGUCAAGAAACUUAAAUGAUGAUUCUACUCUAGAAUUAUUUUUAUAGACUUUAUAUUAACAACCAUCAAAUGCAUUAGUUCAAUUUUCAUUAUAGGUUAAUUAACUUUGAUUUGCAUGAUAAAAUUACACUUUUUAAAAAUGUGGUUAAUUGAACAGCAGAUGGCACAGUUCAAUCCAGUUCCACAUAAUAAUCAAAAUUCAUGCAAAGUAAAGUCAUUUACCAAAAAGCGUCGAUAGCGAGUUUAUUUGUAAGCUGAGAAAAAGCGACUAAGAAAGAAACUGAAAUCUCACUCUCAGUAUUGUCGGUUUGUUUUUUGGGUUGUUUUAGCUUGGUUCUUUUUCCUCUUUUUAAAAUUGUACUCCCAGCCUGCAAGAGCAUGCGCAGACGCCUUAUUCGGCUCCUGUUUCACACGCUGAGAAAAGAGCGAAGAAAGACGAAUACAUCUCUAAGACGGCUAAAAAAACUUCCAACAUCAUAUAUUAUAUAAACUCAAUUUACUAGUAAUCCCUUAGCAUUUCAAGUAUAUUGAAUACAUCGAAAAAAUAAAUUUAUUUUCAAACAUUGCUAUAAAGGUGUACUUAAUUGCCCGGUGAAACUUUUCGUUUACCUCAAAUCUAUACUAUGAGGAGUUGUUUGAAAAUCUCUUUUUUUGAUAACUCUCAUUUCCAAAACUCGAGAACGCAAGGCACACUCACACAGAAAAAUGUAAAUUUUCGGAUCAAAACGGAUGCGUUCAGACAGGGCCUGAUAGAAAUGACUGUGUAGAUUGGCAACUUUGAGGCUGACCGCGAAUCUGAGCCCGUAUUGGGUCGAAAUGCACUAUAGGAUGGGCCUGUUUUAGGGGUCUCUGUCACUGGCUAUUAUGAAGUAGAGCAGGAAACUGGACCCAAAUAAUCCCAUAGUACCAUUCGACACAACACCUACCCGGUCUUAAAAUUACUCUAGUAUGGGAUUCCUUCCUAGGGUAAUGGACUUUUAAUAGGUCGUACACGCCCCACCAGUAACAGUCUUAUCAUGUUGUCACUUGUUUUUGGCAGGUCAGAGUGGUGCAGGUAAUAACUGGGCUAAAGGUCACUACACUGAGGGAGCCGAGCUGGUGGACUCGGUACUAGAUGUGGUUCGCAGGGAAACCGAGGGCUGUGACUGCCUACAAGGCUUUCAACUCACGCAUUCCCUUGGGGGAGGUACUGGGGCAGGCAUGGGCACCCUCCUAAUUUCAAAAAUUCGCGAGGAGUAUCCUGAUCGAAUAAUGACGUCAUUCAGUGUGGUGCCGUCUCCAAAGGUAACUUUAUCCCCUGUCAGGAUGGGCUCCCGGCCCUGCAAAAUUAUUGGAUCAUUAUACGCUUCUGGGAAACUACGCACCUACCCCUCCCCUAAGCCAACAUUAACACUUACUUCCCACUUAAGGCAAGAUGUUGGCUUAGGGGAGGGGUAGGUGGGCAGUUUCCCAGAAACGUAUGAUGAUCUUUAUUUUAUUUUCUUCCUAUGUUAUUGGCUAAAACGAUCAAGAGGUACCAUGAAGUCGAACGUUGGGUAUAAACAAAUUUUAAACCGAUUUUGAACUUAAAAAAAAAAAAUAAGCUAACACAAUAAAAAAGUCAAAUGAACUAGUCCAAAACCAAAUUUUGAAUAGACUUUUGACUGGGAUAGGUUAGCAAAUUCUGUCAACAAGCCCAAAAAGAACGCCUUAUAAUUAGUAAAGACGCGAUUUGUUGAAAACUAACCAAGAUAUAAUUCCGCAAAGUCGCCGAAUUUACAGUCGUAAAACGCUCUGAUCGUUUUGUAGGUAUCGGACACCGUAGUAGAACCUUACAACGCCACUCUGUCAGUUCAUCAGCUAGUGGAAAACACAGAUGAGACCUUCUGCAUUGACAACGAGGCCCUGUACGACAUCUGCUUUCGAACGCUUAAGCUGAGCACGCCAACAUACGGGGACUUAAAUCACUUGGUGUCUGCAACAAUGAGUGGGGUAACAACAUGCCUGCGCUUCCCGGGACAGGUAAGUACAUGUAGUCUACAUGUGAGGCGCUUUUCAGUGAACAGAAAAAACUUCUGGUUAGAAUUUCAUCAUUUCAUGCAGGGAAUACUCAUUACUACGGGCUAAAGGCUAAAAUAGAAGAACAGUCCACUUUGACUAAGUACCAUAAACCGUAACGUUAAAAUGGAUGCAGCAAAGUUCUUCGUUCGGACCUACCCCUCCCCUAAGUCAACAUUGACACUUACUUCUCACCUAGGGCAAAAUGUUGACUUAGGGGAGGGGUAGGAGGGCAGUUUCCCAGAAACGUUUGAUGAUCCCUUCGUUCUUACUGGCAGUUCCCAAAUCUUCUUAAAGAGCUAUAGAUCUGCUGUUCUUAUUUCUCGGAUGGCGCAUUUUAUUAAUGAUGACUCUUAAAUCCCACUUUCUUGUCCCUUCUCUCUUUGGUUUGACUCCUCGCGUCACCGCCACCCCCACCCCCUCCCCCACCUCACAAACACAUGGACAGGACAACUAUUGAUAACACCAUUGUUCUCUCUCUCUCUCUCUCUCUCUUGACAGCUAAAUGCCGAUCUCAGGAAGCUGGCUGUGAACAUGGUCCCAUUCCCCCGCCUCCACUUUUUCAUCCCAGGCUUCGCGCCGUUAACAAGCCGCGACAAUCAACAAUACCGCGCGCUGACUGUGAACGAGCUAACUCAACAGAUGUUCGACAACAAGAACAUGAUGGCGGCAUGUGAUCCGCGACAUGGGAGGUACCUCACAGUGGCCGCAAUGUUCCGUGGGAAGAUGUCAAUGAAGGAAAUCGAUCAGCAAAUGCUGAACGUUCAGAAUAAAAACAGGUGUAUACUUUUUUGUUUUUAAUUCCCUUCGAAAGAAAGGUGUAUGUGUUCGGAUGCGCCUGGGAAUGGCGUAGAGGGGAGUGGAGGGUUACAGUCGGGCUGCCGAGAGAGAAGUCGCGGGUUUCGAUUCCCACCCCGGAACCGAACCAAUACCCCAGGUUUUAAAAUAAGUGAAGAUGGUAACGCGUUAUCUGGCAAACGGCUAGACCUUCACUUGGCACGAAUAACAAGUAGAAAUGACAGGCCCGUCUCAAGGUCUCCGGCAUGGAACAUAUAAACAGUGGUCUCGUGAACUAUUUAAAAUUGUACUUCGUGUUCAAUUCAAUGACGCUUAAACGCUACUUGCUAUCAUUAGUGUAGUCAUGUCUUAAUAUCAAUUAAAUUCCAAAAACAAUGAUCCAGAUUUGUUCUUUAAGAACGUAUUAACAAAUGAUCCCGUUGCUACGGAUAGGAAGGAUGGACACGGAUUGAGACCUGAAUAAAUCGUUAAAUGCUUUGCCAACAAAUAUCAUCAAAAAUUUAUCAUGAUUAGUGCUCGCUAAUUAAAUUUGUUUGAUACCUUCUACAUAAGACUACACCGACUAUCGGAGCAUUUUGUCUAUGGGUAAAGGAACUAAGUUAUGACGUAGCUCACUUAGCCCCUUUCAAAUAACGUUAAAUUUGUUUGCUUAAAAACUUUUUAUUUUCAUCUAAAUGUUUCGAAUGUUGCUUAUUUUCCAGCACGUACUUUGUGGAAUGGAUACCAAACAACGUGAAGACCGCUGUAUGUGACAUACCCCCUCGCGGGCUCAAAAUGUCAGCCACGUUCAUUGGCAACAGCACGAGCAUUCAAGAAUUGUUCAAAAGAAUCAGCGAACAGUUUUCUGCGAUGUUUAAGAGGAAAGCUUUUCUACACUGGUACACUGGAGAAGGCAUGGACGAAAUGGAGUUUACCGAGGUAAAUAUAAAGGAUAGUAAAGAAUUUAAUUACAUGGGAUUCGGUUAAAUGCGCUGACUGAAUCGUUCUAGAGAAAUUGCAUUAUAGGAAGAACACAAACCAAGCGCGAAUUGCUUAACACGAUAUCCCGCGCUUCAAACCGGAAACAUAUAUCCGACCUCUGAUUGGAUACUUUGGUUCUCUAAGUUAGCUGUGAUUGGCUAAAGUAAUUACUGUACUUUACUCGCGACAGAACAAGUGAUAAUCGAUAUCGACCCAACUAUAUCAAACACUUUCUUAAGUCAAUUAAAACCAAUAAACAGCAAUGAUACAUUCUAAUAACACAAACAUAACCAUUUUAUAUAGGACACAUAUCUAGGGUAGCCAAGAUAGUCACAAUUUUUAAAUUGUGAUUUAAAAAAACUGUUUAAAAUUGUGAUUUAAAACUGUCACUCGGCAUUGGAGCAUUGGUCUACCGGUAAAUGCCAAUGUAGUUUACAAAAAUUGCAGGAAAAACCAAGAGAGCAGUCGAAACGGUCCCAAUAGAACAAAACAAAAAAGGGCAUAGUCAUUUUGGGGAAAUUAAUGGUGCAAGGUUUUGAGAGUUGAAAAACAAAAAUCUUGCAGUCCUGUAACAUAUCUUUCCAGAAAGUCCUAGUUCCCUUCACAUUUCUAACGGUGCAUCCCCAAGACAUUUUCAAUUUGGCUCACACUGAUAUUUAAACACUGCUUGUCAGGAGUGACUCAAAAAAGAAGUGUACUUAAAACAAGCCGCACAUGAUAGUCAACUAUUGCCUUAAACGGCUCUUUGGCUUGUCAGUGGUGCACUGUUCAAAGAGAUAUUUAUGUAAUAUUUGUACGUAUUUUAACAGGCCGAAUCCAACAUGAACGAUCUGGUGUCUGAAUACCAACAGUAUCAAGACGCCUCAGUCGACGAAGAAGAAUUUGAUGAAGAAGAAGAAGCAGAGGACGCCGAGUGA